GUUAUUUAAAGAGUAAUGUAUUUUUUGUUCAUUGCAGUGUGCAUUGCUUCAGGAUCUAGAGUAGCUUUGUUUAACAGGCUUCUCUCCCAGACUGUCAGUACUCGAUAUCCUCAUGUUGAGAACGGUAACUUCCAUGCCAGCUCUACUCAAUGGGGUGCUUUCACCAUUCAUAUCUUGGAUGAUACUGAAUCAGAGUCUGAGGAAUUUACUGUUUGUGAUGGUUACAUUCAUUAUCGUUAUACUGUUAAGUUAGUCUGUUCAGUUACAAGAAUGGCAUGACCUAGACUGGUAAUUUUUCAACUUUAUUGUGUUUUCUUUUAAUU